GAGCUCUGUGAGGGAGGUUGCAGAGGGCGGGCUCUGCAAAACCAGAUAGUUCGGGUCGAUAGUUUUGUUAAUUGGAGGGAGGAGGGGGUGAGGGAAAGGGCCUGCUGAGGCGGAGGAGGAUAGGUUUUUGGAGUGCGGAGGUGGGGGAGAUUAGGGUUUUGAUUGGGGAAGAAGCCGGCAAUUGAAGGAUGGAAGAGUGCGAUAGCGGUGCGAGAAGCGCGAAUAAGGUCCCCGGCGGCGGCGAUGAGGAUUGCGGUCCAUCAUUGCCGGAAAAGGUUCAGAUAGGGAAUUCUCCAGUCUAUAAAAUUGAAAGGAAGCUUGGGAAAGGAGGAUUUGGUCAAGUUUGUGUUGGGCGCCGGAUUUCAGAACCCACCGCCAAAGAAAGAGUCUCUGGCAUCAAUGCUCUAGAAGUGGCACUAAAGUUUGAGCGUAGAAACGGCAAGGGGUGUCAUCAUGGUCCCCCUUGUGAAUGGCAAGUUUACAACAAUCUUAGUGGCACUCAUGGAUUGCCUCGAGUGCAUUACAAGGGUUGCCAAGGCGACUACUAUGUCAUGGUUAUGGACAUGUUGGGGCCUAGUCUAUGGGAUCUCCGGAAUAAUAACUCGCACACAAUGUCUGCUCAUAUGGUUGCAUGUAUUGCUGUUGAAGCCAUUUCCAUACUAGAAAAAUUACAUUCUAAAGGGUAUGUGCAUGGGGAUGUAAAACCGGAAAAUAUUUUGAUUGGCCCUCCAGGAACUCGUGAUGAGAAGAGACUAUUUCUUGUUGACCUUGGCUUAGCUACAAAGUGGAAGGAUACUAUAACUGGUCAGCAUGUUCUCUAUGACCAACGACCAGAUAAUUUUCGAGGUACAGUGCGCUAUGCUAGUGUUCAUGCUCAUUUAGGAAGGAUUGGAAGUAGAAGAGAUGAUCUGGAAUCUCUGGCCUACACGCUUGUUUUCCUUCUUCGAGGCCGUUUACCUUGGCAGGGUUUUCAGGGGGAAAACAAAAGUUUUCUUGUAUGUAAGAAAAAAAUGGCCACAGCUCCUAUUGUUUUGUGUUACUUCUGCCCAACGCCCUUCAGAUUGUUCCUUGAGCAUGUAGUGAAUUUAAAGUUUGAUGAAGAACCAAAUUAUGCUAAAUACAUCUCUCUAUUUGAUUCCAUAAUUGGUCCUAAUCCGGAUAUUCAGCCGCUUAAUACUGACGGCGCUCAAAAGCUUAUACACCAAGUUGGUCAAAAGAGAGGUAGGCCGCCGACGGAAGUAGAAGAUGAGCAACCAAAGAAGAAAGGGCGAAUGGGUGUUCCUGCAACUCAAUGGAUUAGCGUUUAUGAUGCUCGUCAACCGAUGAAGCAGAGAUAUCACCACAGUGUUGCUGAUGCGAGAAUUGCUCAGCAUAUUAAGAAAGGACUUGAAGAUGGAUUAUUCAUCAGUUGUGUCUCAUCCAGCUCAGAUUUGUGGGCUCUUAUUAUGGAUGCAGGCACUGGUUUUACUAAUCAAAUUUACGAACUCUCGCAACACUUUCUGCACAAGGAAUGGAUAGUGGAGCAAUGGGAUAAAAAUUAUUAUAUCAGCGCCGUCGCCGGGACGAACAAUUGCAAAUCCCUCGUGGUGAUGUCUAAAGGCACCCAAUAUUCACAGCAGUCAUACAAAGUCAGCGAUUCCUUUCCAUAUAAAUGGAUAACCAAAAAAUGGAAAGAGAAUUUCUAUGUCACCUCCAUGGCAACUGCAGGAGCUAAAUGGGCGGUCGUGAUGUCUCGAAACGCGGGCUUUUCCGAUCAGGUUAUUGAGCUGGACUUCUUAUAUCCGAGCGAGGGCAUUCAUCGGAGGUGGAAUAGCGGCCAUCGAAUCACCUCCGUCGCGGCGACGCUGGAUCAGGUUGCCAUUGUUCUCAGCACACCACGAAAGAAAGCUGUAGAUGAAACACAGGAGACACUUAGAACCUCUGCUUUUCCUACUCAGCAUGUCAAGGAGAAGUGGGCGAGGAAUCUUUACAUUGCAUCGGUGUGCUAUGGAAGAACUGUUUCAUGAUUUGUUCUGAAGAAUGCUUAUAACCUACACCAUCAAGAUUUUGAAUCCCUUUUUUUUUUUUUUUUUGAUUUUGUAAAAUGCUUAUAAUUGUGAAAAUAUCAGAUUUAUAGGGGUUGCCAUUUA